AAAUAAACUAACAUCUUCCUAUGUUUUUGCACUUCGUUCUAUUUGUCAAAAAUGCAAAGAUAUGAAUUUGAUUUUUUCACCUGCAAAUGUGACUAUCGUUUACAAAAAAGCUAUUAUAAAUGCAGUUACUGAAGUUUGGCCAGAAAGUAAUAUAAUUGGUUGUGGAUUUCAUUUGACUAAUUCUUGGUGGAAGAAAAUACAAUCUCUUGGUUUAUCAAUUGAAUAUAAUGAAAACAAUUCCGAAAUCGGCAAAUGGUUACGACACACAUUUGGUCUUUUGUUUCUUGAUGCGCAGGAAGUAUCAGACUGUUUUUCAUAUGAUUUUAUGAGUGAUCGCCCUGUUAAUGAACUAUUAACAAAAUACUCCGACUACUUAGUAGAUAAUUACAUAGGAGACGAUUGUGCUUACCCUCCAUCACUGUGGGCUUCAUUAUCGAGAAGUUUAACUAGGACGACGAACGCAUGUGAAUCAUUUCACGCUAUAUUCAAAGAUAGUUUUUAUAAACGAACACCACAUAUAAUACCAUGGAUUACUGUACUUAUAGAAAAUAUUCAAACUAAUGUCUAUGUUACUUUAAAGAGUAUUAAUGAAUGUAAAACACCAAGAAAAAAUAUGGAUGACAAACGUAAACGAAAUGAAGAAUUAAUUUCAAAAUACCAGCGAGAUGAAAUCAGUAGAUAUGAAUUCGUAAAACUGAUAUCAAAUCAUUAUGCUAAAUAAGUUUUUUACAAUGUGAUUUCAAUUUCAUGUUUCAACCAAUAAAUCGAGCGCUGACAUAUUGACAUAUUGUGACUGUCAUCAAAACAAUGCAAAUAUAAAUAUAAUUUUUUUAAUACUUAUAUCUAUUGUAC